AUGGCUUCGAAUACUAACAUACUACUAAUUCUCACAUUGGCAUUUUACGUGAGUAACGGAUCAUUACUCUUAUCAUCUUCAAUGAGGCCGAAUCAACCACUUCAGGGUCACCACCACCUUGAAGAACACCAGUACCGACAAUCUCGAAUUUCUAAACGACAGCAUUUUUUCGAUGAAAACGAAGCCGAAAGGUGGCUUUUAUACGGUAAAGAAGGCUACAACAGUCGAGAGAGUUUGUCUCCUUUCGGGAGUAAACGUCAUCAGUGGUAUGACAAAGCAGGGAAUCGACCCCCUUGGAGGAAAAGAAAUCAUCAAAACGAAGAGGAGUCUGAUGGAAAGUUGCAAAAAGCAUCGGAUGUUUUAUCUAAAAAUUUAGCGUCGCAACACAUGCUUCGAACGCCAAGAAAUCACAGGACGUAUGACGUACCGCAAAUCGGUGAAAGGGAUUUUAUUUGA